AUGAGAACCUGGGUCUACUGUGAAGAAUUUCUGUUCCCAAAGGUGUUCAGGACCACAGAAGACCUAUGGUCAGUUUACUCCAAGCCUGUCCCAGCAAACAGCAGAGAGCUGUGGACCUUGUUUCUGCAGUGUUCCUGCAUUACAGCAGUGAUAGGAGGCCUCUUUUACAACUGGAUGUUUGCUUCCCUGGAGUACUCCUGGCAUCUCUCCACUGCAAUGGCCAUCUCCUUCAGUUUGCUCCUUCUCCUGACCCUUUUCUUGGUGCAUCCUGCCCGUUGUGUCUUCAGUAUGAUCAUGCCUACGUUAGGCACCAAACAAGGCCGGAAGCUGCUCCUGUCAACCUGUGUCAUGGUGGCGGUGGUUAACAUAACCCCCAACAUCACAAGCAACAUUAGAACCAUACUGCAGGUUAUUCAGUGCAUCUGCAAGAGCUCCUCUGAGAGUCUUUUGAACUCAACUGCUCUGCUAGAUAGAGCUUCCUGGGAGUUUGGGGAUGCAAGCCAAAAGCCCAUUCAUUCCAUUAAUAUUCAUCUGCCUAUGAAUGGACAUUUUCAGUUCUCAUUGUUUAAAAACAGCACGUUGAUUCAUCAACAACUGCAGCUUGCUGGGGAGAAAGUUGGGAGGGAUUUCUUGGCUGUUGAGGUACUGGUCAAAGACUCUGUACAAGUCUGCAACAAGCUGGUUGCUGGCUUCUCCAUGCUCUACCUCUGUUUUAAGUCCACCUGGUAUUUGAAAAAUUACCUCACCAACCUCCGCUUUGACAAUUUUUACAUCACCAAGAAGCUGGAGCGUUUAGCUGUGGACAGAAAAGCAGCUCAUCUGCUGGCAGGCCCACCCAAAAACCUCAUUCGCCCCACAGGCUUGAGGCUGUCCAGGGGAGAAGCGAUGCUGUGCCUCGUGCAAGCCAUGCUCCUCACGGUGGCCCUGCUGCUGCUGCUGCUGGUCGUGGCGAUGGACCACUGUGCCUUCAGCGUGGCAGACACGGCGGUGAGGAGGGCAGCUGCCUUCUCCACGGUGCCCGUCACCCUGGACAUCAAGUACAGGGUGAGUGCUGGGGUCCCCUGUCCCUCCCCACGCAGGGACCUCACCGGGCGGUGCGGGGGUUCCAGACACUACUCCCAUAAUCUGAACUUCAGCUCUGCCCACUGCAGGAUCAGCCCCCCGACACCUCCCAGCCCUUCUGUGCUGCUUGUUGUGGGGCUGCUCUUCUGCAUCCUCUACACCACCGUGUUCCUGGAGACCUACGCACAGCGCCUGUGCAGGAAAAUCGCAGGCUCCUUCUUCGAGAGCUGGGAGGAGAAGAGAGCCCUUCACCUCUACAAGAAGCUGUUCAGGAAGCACAAGAGCAGCAAAUCUGCAUUAACAACUAGG